AUGUCCGCUUCUACCUGCAAUUCUCUCAGUUCCAGUUCUCUAGUCGCGGCAACCACUCCCAGCGCCCUUUCGGCAGCGGUACAAACAACCAUUUUGAGCGCAACGUUCGUUGCAAACUUUUUUGGCAACAUCUGUGUCUGCCUGGCUGUUUUUCAUAUGCAAUCUCUCCGUGAAAGACCAAGCAGUCGUGUCCUUGUUAGUUUAGCAGUGUCCGACUUCUCUUCGCUGUCGUUCCUUGUAUUUCGUUUGAUGUGGGUGUACGAACACGAAGUCGCGUGUGAAGUGUGCGAGUAUUUCUUGGGGCUGUUAACAAUGCUGGUGUAUGUCAGCGUUAUUCACAUAUGUCUCCUCAGCUGCGAUCGCUACGCAGCGAUAGUGUAUCCCUUGAGGUACACAACCAUUGUCACCGAAAAACGCGUCAGGUGGGCGUUGUUUGCAGCUUGGUUUGCACCGGUGUUGUCUGUUGCGACCGCAAAUUGGACGAAUGGCAAUACAGACCACUCUGACUACAGAAGAAGCCUCGUUGGUUGUUCGGUGACUUGUGGUAAGCGGCCUUCCUUGAUAUAUACCUAUCAUCUUGCCCUCAACAUGAUCUUCUUUCUUUGGAUCCCUUUUGCGGUGAUAAUAUUCGUGUACGCUCGUGUGGCUAAGAUCUCGUGGUCUCAGAGCAACAGAGUCGAACCUGGCGAGAACCUGAAUCUCGAAGAAGCAGAAAUGAAGAGGAAAAAGGAAAAAGAAAUGAAGUGGAUGAGAACCAUAGCGAUGGUAAUGGGUGCGUUUGUAUUCUGCUACAUCCCAGGAUUCAUCUAUGUGAUAAUCGCAGCAAAACUUGGUCCCAGUCAGGUUCCUAACCUAGUUCGCUCGGCCUCCGUUGUGAUAAUUGUUGUCAACAGCGCUCUGAACCCUAUUAUCUACCUGAUCAGAUCCAGCGAAUUUCAACGUGGUUUCAAGAGAAUUUUCCGAUUUCUCUUGGUCACACACAAUACUACUGUCAACACAAUCUCCAUGCCUACUGGCGGUAACCAACGGGAUCUGUAA